AUGAAUUUAAUUUCUUUCAAUGUUAGAGGUUGUUGUAGUUCCAUCAAGAGAAGGAGAUUAACUCAAAUUAUUCAGAGAGGAAAUGCCGAUAUUUUCCUUAUUCAGGAAACCAAGGUUAUCAAGAUGGAGGAUGGUAUAGUUUUCAGCAUGUGGAGGAAUUUUGAUUUGGAUUGGUCAGCUCAGAACUCUGGUGGAAUUCUAACCAUGUGGAAUACUGUCAGAAUCUCUGCUUGUUUUAGUUUUAAUGGGAAAGGAUUCUUAGGUCUAAACUUUGUUUGGAAUAACCAUAGCUUGAUGGUGAUCAACGUUUACGCUCCUUGUGGAUCAGCUGAUAAGAGGAAGCUUUGGAGAGAUUUGAUUAAAAUUAAGAACAAUUACCCUGAUGUUGGUUGGAUCGUGGGAUGGGAUUUUAAUGCGGUGAAAAAUAGGGAGGAAAGGAAGGGCCUAAGUGGUUAUAACAGCAGGGAUAUAAAGGAGUUAUGUGAUUUCAUUGAGGAAAUGAAUUUGGUGGAUCUACCGGUGUUUGGAAGCUGUUUCACUUGGUUCAACUCUAACGGUAAGAGCAAAAGUAGGCUGGAUAGAGUUUUGGUUGAUGAUAGGGUUAUAUCUUUGUUUACUCUGAAGAAUCAAGUGGCGGGGGAUAGAGACAUAUCGGAUCAUCGACCGGUGUGGUUGAAGUCCAAUUUCAUCAAUUGGGGACCAAAACCUUUUAGGACUUUCAACUGUUGGUUCUACCACAAGGAUUUCAUCACGUUCGUUAUGAAAUUGUGGCGCUCUUACCGAUUUACAGGUUCUUUCUGCAGCAUCCUUUCUAAGAAAUUUCAAGCUCUUAAAUCAGACCUUAGGAUAUGGAAUCUCAAAGUGUUUGGUUGGCUGGAUUUAAACAUAGAGGAUAAUAUCUCUAAGUUCAACAAGCUGGAACUGGAAUUAGAUGAGGAGUCUAAUCUGCAAUCUACUGAUCUGGACAGAGAGAAACUGCGAUACCAGGAGGAAAUAUGGAAGAAUAUACGGAUCAAAGAAAUCAUGAUAUCCUAA